AUGACAUCCUGUGUCAACUCGUACCCUCCUGAACUCCUCUCUACCAUCUGUGCCCAUGUCUUUGCCGCCGGCCAACCCUCAUCCAUACCGUCCCUAGACCCCCUCUUCCUACAAGAAGCUGGGGUACCCUCGUCCCUUCCCUCCUCGUACCCGCCCGCUAACUGGCCCGAACCUGUAGCUCGCCGCGCCCUCGCCAACCUCUCCCUUGUCAGUCGCGCAUGGUCCGAAGCGGCCAAGCCCUGGCUAUGGCGCAAGAUCGAGGUCCGGCUGCCCCGCAGCUGGCUUUCUCUCGUAGAGGAGAUUGCCGGCGACGAGGACGAAGAGGCGAACGUAGAGCAGGCAGCGCUCGUCGUCGACCGGAGCAUCUCGGAGGCGGCCAAAGCUGCACUCGCGAUGCGUACGGCGACCGGAGAAGAGCCGGACCAGGACGCAGCGAUGAAGCUGAAAGAGAGCAUCCUCGAAUCCCUGAGUGGCCCUGAUAGCUCUAUUCCACCGGAACUGCUUUCCCCACCCGCGUCGCGAGAUCCGAGUCCUAGACGCGCGAAGAGCAAAUCACCGGCGCGAUGGAAACUCAUGCGCUCGAUUUCAGACGCUGUGCAGGACCUUAUGGGUCGCGACGAGAACGGGAUGUACGUCCCCGCCGUGCAUGAUCCGCGACCUGGUCGCUAUGUGCGUCAUCUUGACUUCAACCACUUUCGGACGAUUGGCAUGCGCCGCUCUGUUGAAGAGGGCGUCAACAGCCGUUUUGUGACGGGUGGACGUCUCGAAGCAGUGCUCAAGGAAACCCCGAACCUCACCGUCUUCGGCGCGACAGAGUACAUGGAUGGUGCACUGACCUUGCCAGUGAUCAAAGAACUAUUCAUGCGCGGUGCACCCUCUCGAGGGCGCGGACAGCCUCUCCGAGGUCGCGGUCUUGUUAUCGAGGAUCCGAACGAUGUCGAGGCCGAGGACAAUGCGAGGCGGCGGGAGUGCAAGGAGAUCGAGGCUGUCGACCUCACGGGUUGCGUCAGCGUCGUUUUUGUCAAUGCCUUGACGGAGUUCGUCAACGAGCUCUUGCUACCUGUUGCUGAACCAGAUUCGUCUUUCGUCGAGGACGAGGAUGCGAGAUCUCAUAUGGAGCGCGGCCGGUCUAGUCGAUCGUCUAGAUCAUCACGGCAUCUAGACGAGCCCGUGUCUUUUCCAGGUCUUCAGCGUCUGAGUCUCCGCGGUGCCAAGUCCAUCCCGCCAGCCAUCCUUAACCCAUUCGUCCUCGCGUUUCCCUCCCUCACGCAUCUUGACCUGUCUUGCACGCGCGUGACUCCCGAUUUUUUGAAUGUGCUCGGACUAUCGCAGACUGUCCGACUACGCUCGCUCUCUUUGGGACGCUGCAUUCGUUUGACAGGUGAAAGCAUUCGCGACUUUCUCGUCUCAGCCCCAGCAGUUCGUGACUUGACGGAAUUGAACCUCUAUGGGGAUGGCACGUUCCCUUGUCCCCUCUCGUCAUCGGAGCUGCAUGACGUCCUCACAAGUGCCCCGUGUUUCACUUCUGGGGAGCUACUCUACCUGGACCUGUCCAGCGCUCAACUGACCCCGGAGCUCUUCGAAGUGACGGCCCCGCAGCCGAAGCUGAGGUCAUUGGGCCUGUCAUCCAUCCCUCACUUAAAGCUUGAUGCCAUCGUCAACUUUAUCAAAACGAAGACUCCUCAGGUCGAGGUCGUCACUCUUGUAGGCACGUCACCUGACUUAGGCUACGGCGAAGGUGCAGGAACGCAACGAGGGUCUGCGCGCAAAGCUCCCAUUGUGCUCCAUGCACAGUUCAUUCGCCCAUUGUGCACGCCUCCGUUCUCUUUUAGCAUUUCUGGAAACAAGUCUGCGCAGGAUGCUCCGACCCGGCUCCGCGUGAUCGAGCUUGCGACCCCGCUGUUGGCGAGCUUGGGUGCUGGCGCGGAGUCGUGGAGGAUCAUCAAGUCGAAGGGCGGCCGUGGGUGGUAUGUGGACACGGCUACUGGGUGGGUUGCGCAACCGCGCGCGGAAGGGCUGGCGUCGGAGGUGCCCGUGUGGAGGCGGGAUCUGGCAAAGGUGCACCCUUGGAGGGAGGCGUUGGAAACCCUCGCGGACGCGAACGGCAACGUGGGCAGUGGCGUUGGGUGGCACGCAAGGAAAAUGGAGGUACUCCAUGGGCACGGUCUCCUGGGGCGUGAAGAUGGGCUGUAUGGCGCGGUCUCAUUUGCGUACCAAGGAUAA